GGAUGAAUACAUUUCUUUUGAAGACAUACCUAAUUUGCAACCCCCUGCAUUGUUAUUUGCUGCAUCAGUUAUAGCUCGAUGUGACAGCUUAUAAAUAGUGUGUGAGAUCAGUGGAAGUAACUGUUACUUCCAUGCAGUUAGCUGUUAGUUUGAGAACCGUUUAUACAGCUAAAUGUGAAAGACGUGCAUUCACGCAAGAAUUAUGAAAGCUUUUGCUAUAAUAUUCGUUCUGAUACAGACUUGCCCUCUGUUUUGUUUGUGCACCAGUAUUGAAGACUACAUUGAUGAUCCGAUACGACAAUGCUCAGCUAAUUUUCGCGAUGAAUGUAUGGAUAGGAUACCACCCGAGAACAAUAUGAGUGGUAAUAACUUAAUUUGUCGUAAAGACCCUGCACUACUUGUUUUCAAUCAUCAUGAAUGCUACAAAACGUGUAUCUACAGUCGAACAGUGACAAUACCCGACUUUGAUAUAACCUUUAACGAGGAAGUUUGCUCUCGCUGUAUACCUGCUAUGACUGGAGACGGUACCUCAAAAGUAACCCCAGGAAAAUUCUAUGAUUUGAUUCAGAUAAGAAGCCCGGGAAUCUCAGCCUACUCCCCUAAUACCAUUUGCAACUAUCAUGUGCAAUGCAAUGAGACCCAGAGUAUGAUGUUCGAAAUAGUCAAGCAUGAGUUACAGCCAAAGGAAAACGGCAAAUGUCUUGACAGCCUCACUGUCUACAACACUAGAUUUCCAUACGACACUAUACCUACUUGUGGUAACUUAGAGACGCUUACCGAUAUACAAAGGUAUAAAUACAGCGGAGAAAGAAUGUUCGUCUCCUUUGCAACCAAUGGAGAAGAAGAAAGCGGAGGUUUUGUUGCAAGGGUCAGCUGUGUCAGUGAUGACGCUCACUUUGGACAUGGCUGUGCCUUUUUUGAUGCCCCCCCGGGCCCGAGGGAAGCUAGAAGUCGUAAGCAACGUUCGUUCCGUGUGCCUCACUUCACUGUGAAGCCUGGUCAAGUGGUCCGGUACAAGGACUACACCCUCACUGUUGAAUCAAUCAGUGAUGGACAAAUCAUUUACAAGUUUGAGAAUAUUUUGGUUCUCCAAACGUAUAAUCAGUUUGAGGAGUUUGUGACAUAUAGAAAGAAUGCGGUAAACAGAGAGUUUCCUGGCUUUGGUAAACUUCAGAUUGGAUACGGGAUUGCUCACUACAUUCAGACAGACAUAAAUCCUGCUUUUAUCCCGUCAUCCGAAGAAAGGAGGCGUAUUAGUGUAUUGGCAGGUGGCCUCUUUGAGCUGGGCUUUUUCAACGAUGAUCUUUUUCGACUGAUUGAUCCUGAGACUCCAACGGGUGGAUCGCCAGGAGUUACUGGCAUCCCACCUCCUGAUCCCUGUGACGAGCUACUUGCGCAGAGUGCGCUAAUGAAACUAGCCAAUGAGAGUAGGAACUCCUGCAACGGAUUCCUCAGCGCAACCGUUGGCUCUUUCAUGCGGAUCCUUGAAGAAUGCAGGCGGAGCACCACAACUCCUCCUGGACCAGUAGGAUAGGGCCAGUAGAACUAGUUACAGUAGGACCAGUACUAUAUAGCUAUUGAUUGUAGCUACUUGUGUUGCAUUGGACCAUCUCUAUACUUGGACAUAUGUGAACAUGUGUGAAUUUAGAUCUAUUUCCUGU